AUGGCGAACGCGAACGUUUUAGAGCGAGGAAGCUCACCGACAGCGGGUGAUUUGAACGAUCUUUUUGAUUAUGACAUUGGCUUGGAUGAGAUUAUUCCAGAUACCAAUGCUCCCAAUGCUAACAGCACCAAGGCCUCGGGAGCAGGGGACUCUGCACUUGGUUUGGGUCUUGAUGAGGAAGUCAAAGUCACAAAGAAACGACAACCUGUGGCCAAACUAGAUGAAGGCCGUUUACUCUCACAACUGGGCAUACCCAAACUGCGACAUACUGUCAGACAGAAGCUGAAAUUCAAGGGCAAAGGACACGAGUUCAAGGACGCCGCACGCCUGCUCAACUUUUACCAGCUAUGGCUCGAUGAUCUAUUUCCACGCGCAAAAUUCGCAGACGGUCUGACAAUGAUUGAGAAACUGGGACACUCAAAACGCAUUCAGGCCAUGCGACGAGAAUGGAUAGACGAGGAGAAGCCGAGACUUUUCGAUAGCUCUGGACCCACGCGAGAAGAGCUCGAAAAUCACCACGUCCCCAAGAACCCUGCAGAUUCCAAUCAUAACUCAGCCGCGAUUAUUCAAGACCAGGAAGAGGUUGCCGACCAAGAUCUGUUUAUUCCAGACCCAAACGAGAACGCGCGGCCCACAAUCGGCUACCCCGAGCCUGAGCCGGAGGAUGAUGAUUUGGAGGACCUUCUCAGAGAACAGGAUGAGCCAAUGACUGAUUUCCCUCCCGACAUGCGUGCCUCAUCUUCACGGGCACCAGAUGACGAUAACGACGACUAUGAUGCUGAAUAUGAAGCGAUGAAGGAACUUGGGUUGUAG